AAUCGAACACAUUUUACAGCUGACAGUUUAAUAUCAACACGGCUUUUGUAGUUACACUUUUUAUGGUUGGAAAUAUUUUUAAAUAUUCCUUAACCUACAGUUAAAUAAAUAAAUUAUUUAAAAAAAUAUUGGGAUUGGGAUAGCCAUGGGUCGUCCUUUAAGUACAAAAAAAGAAAAACCAACAACCCAAACAGCUAACAAAAGAAAAAGGGAAUCCAGCGAUGAUGAAGAUUUAGAGGUUACAGAAGAUGAAUAUAAUCCAAAUGAAGAUGAAGCAAAUGAAGAACAUUCUCAACAUGAAGAAGACCAAGAAGCAAAUGAAGAAGAUGAAGACAGCUUUGAUAAGUGCGAAACCAAAUACGACGACGACGACAAUGAUGAUAAAAAAUAUGGCAAAUUCCAAAAAUUUAACAAAGACAAACUUUGGAAGCUGAACAAGAUUUCUCACUAUAUUUUACCAUCAUUCAAUGUAUUACUUGAGCCAUACAAUCUAAAAGAUGUUAAACCAUUCCCACAAGUGCAAAUAUCCUUGCCACAAUCGGUCUUUGUGAAUUCCAAGUUUCCCGAGGACAUUGAUUUCUGCCAUCGACGGACAAUUGCUUUACAUAGUUACAUGUUACGACUGAAAGCUGUUAAAACAGCUUAUAACACUGCUAGAAAUAAAAAUAAAAAAGUUCGAAAAGAUGAAAAGAAAGGAAUAUUUGUCAGGCCACUAAUAGACUUUGCAGAGAGGCGCGAAUUUCAUCCCGACAAGUAUUUUGGACGGGAUUAUGACUUUUACUAUACAGGCGGAAAUUUGAGUGUCAACAAUAGAUCAAGUCAAAUUGCACAUGUUGGUGGAACGCACAUGAAUACUUUAUUUCUUUCAGUUAUAAAUGUGGACCAAAACAUUCCAAAACUCCACAGGAUAACCCACGUUGAUUUUAAGAGCGACAUCAGGGAAGAAAGCGAGAUCUUCGAAGUACAGUUCUCAGUAGCUAUCGAUGAUUAUAUCUUCCUUCGACAAAAACACUGUGUUUCCAUUCAAAAUUUCCGAAAUGGCAAACUCAGUGUUUUACAAAAUUUCAGAACCAAAGAUGUGCCAUUCAUAAGCUUCACACAGGACCCAGUCAAUGUCCAUCACUUGACUAUAUCGGAUCUUAUGCACAAAGUUCGGGUGUGUGACAUUGAGAAAGGAGUUCCAGUAAAAACCUUUAAAAUGAUGCCCAAAGAAGAGAUAAAAACAGAAAACAAUUGGAACAUGAUAAAAUCUCUAGACAGCCAUGUAUACUUAUACGCGGCGUGUAAAAAAGUAAGCUUAAUUGACACACGAUUGCCGGAUACAGAAUGGCAAAGUAAUCGCUGUGGAGUCACUCCAGAAACUGGAUGUUACAAUUUUUCCAGUCUUGCUCGAAGUAAAUUUGAGCAUCUUUUUUACGUCGGAUCAAAUCACAAGGCCUAUUGUGUCGAUCGGCGUUAUAUGGGCAAAAAUAUUGAAACUAAAAAUGGAGCAGUAGCAUCGUGGACGCAUCAAAUGAGUAAUUUUCCACUUAUGAUGGCUGCAAAUAGACAAUUAAAUACAGAAUAUAUCGCUUUGCAAAGUCCUUUAAACGCUGAUUUAAGAAUAUGUGAAAACAUGCAGGUAUUGGCUGAAGAUUCUGAAACAGAAUUAAAUGGAAACAUGUCCAAGAAAGCGCGUAUGGAUUUACCAGAAAAAUAUGUUUAUAAAUCCAUGUGCAUUCCGUAUAUGCCACCGUCCAUUGAGAGCAUUUUCCAUGAGGUUCGUUCGGAAGGUAAAUGCAUAAAACAAGGCACUGGUAUAUGUGAUCGUGUUAAAGCCUGUAUAACCGGACUUGAUUUCAUUGAUCAUGGGCCCAGUUCGUAUUUGGUUACAGCAACCAGUAAUGGUGAUAUAUUUGCCAGGCAUGUUUAUGAUCCUGAUAAUGUAGAUGUAAAACCUGAUACACUCACAGCUGCUGAGGUAAUGAGUGGAUUUGAAGAAAAUAUCUUCCGAUCAGUACGAAAAACUCCCCUAGAAACAACAGAAAUUGUAGAUCUAAAAGGUAUUUCUAAAGUAUUUCGGUGUUCACAAUUAAGUGAUAGCAAAAAAAGGGAAGACUUUGAUUUACCAACAAAGCGUACUCACUUGGGACGGUGGCAGAAACCCAUUAAAGCACUAUCACAGUACAAAGAUGCAUUGGCAGCUGAUUUGUUUUCGAUUUGGGACUUUGAUAUUGACGAGGAGAAGGAUUUGAAUAUAAAUUCACUUUAUCAAAAUCCAAAGAGUGAAUCUAAAGUUAGCGGUUGGCUGGAAGCCUCGGAAAACAUUGGCCAUAGUACUUUGCUCAAUAUGACAACUAUUCCUGCGGAUGUACUCAGUUCUUCGCAAUUUAAUAUGACAGACAUGUCCUUUAAUGACUUGCUCAACACAACAGCGCAAGCGCAAGAGGAAACGGAUUUAGACGAAACUAAUAUUCCAGUUAGAUCGAAAACUGCAAAAUCUGCAAAAAAGAAGAAAUACAUUAAAGGAUUUUAAUUUUGAAAAAAAAAAAAAAAUAAAAAAAAUACAAAUGUCAUGUAUCGUUUUGUUUGAUUGAAUUAAAAAAAGAGAAAUAUUAACGGCCAAUUUCUUCACAUAGGUCCUAAGUCAGCUUAGUACCCGGUCUAGCUAGACCAGGUCCUAGCACUAGUACUCGGUCCUAAGGAAAAGUUAGGACCUGAGCAUUUCUUCACAUAUAUAGGACCU